AUGGUUUAUUCCUAUCGGAAGGCCAAUUAUGGAUGGAUUAAUCUGUCAUCAUCGGACAUCACUUUCCUUCAUUCUAUAUUCGCAAUAGAACUGAGUAAACAAGUUCUCUACUGUACAUCGUUUCGCCGGAUUCGUUACGUCAAAAGCUCCGCCGACGACGACGACGAGGACGACGAGAUGCGCAAGCAUGCUGUUGCCGAGGCCGGACAUCUCAAUUUCAUUUAUAAUUCGCCCAUCGACAUCGACACGACGACUGGGUUGCGGACGGACGGACGACGACGACGACGGGCAGCCCCGUUUCGUUCGUCGGGCAGCGCCGCCGCUCUCCUUUCUCUCGCUGCCGCUGCCGCCGCCGGUCCUUAA